AGGUAGUCCAGUCGGAUUUUUCGAGUUUUAGCUGUCUACCCCGGACAUCAUGGUGUACAAGAUUGACAAACGUCGAGUAUACUCUGGCAACACGCUCAGGGCGUCCAACUCCAGGUACAAUCGCCAAUACCGACGGCAGUCAUGCUUGGUACGACAAUCACAGAACGUUGCCAAUGUAGCCGGUAUCUUCCAGGAGCUAGGUUUGGACAGGGAUGGCGUCGUAUAUUCAUUCAAUAAAAAAGGGAGGUGGCUGGUACCACAAAUCCUUAAACAUGAAAUACUCAUUGACAGCAAAGACCUGGGCAAUAUAAAAGUGGAUCUGGUCGAGUCCCAUAAAUUAAAGAAGCAAGGGAAGUGUACCGGAUUCCUUUCUAACAGGGGAUUUGUACAAAGAGUAGUACCAAAGAAAACAUACUUCAAUGUCGCAAGUCUACAAGGUCCUAAAACAGCAGAAGUUACUACAAGCACCACACCCCAAGUGACGGUGAAUGUUUUGUAUCCUUGCCCGGUGACGAGUUCCAUUGCCCACAAUCCCAAGUACAUCCGGUAUGAAGACUUGGCCACCGAAGAGUUGGAACAAGAUGAUGUUGACAGACCUCAACAAAGCAGUCCAAUCAAAAGUAAAGCUAGGAAACAAAGGAGGAAAAUUGGAACAAAACAAUGGGUCGACAACUAUUUGGACGACGAAGAGUACCAAGAGGAUGACGAUUAUGCCAUCGAAUCAGAUUACAACGAAGUAAAAAAUGAUCUGUCCAUUUCUGUAUCCGUUGAAGAUAUUUUGAGUCAUUCCAAAAAGAUGCAAGAUAUUUUAUCAGGCGGGGCGAAGAAACAGAGCCACCAAGCGACAAGAAGGGAAACAAAAGGCAGACUCGUAUACAUAAAUAACCAAGAGGAGUCGGAGGAACAGAAGGACGAGACGAAGAUGACAAACGAGUCCGAAGCAAUUUGUCCGAUGGAAUGUGUCCGUGUUAACAUCCCUGCGCAUGAAGUUGCUGUAGAAACACUUAAGCAAACCUUUGGUGAGAACUACAGUGAAUGCCGCUGCUCUCCAAGAAAAUUCGUCAUAGACAUCACAAAAACUGUUCAGAGUACUUUACUAAAAUCCAAAGCUUUCCGUGAUGUCAAUAUUGUAAGUACUGACCUCUCAUCAGCAUUAGUUUUUGUGUACGAUAUGUUCGGCAGCUUGGACAACACUGAUGCAGACAUGUUUAAACUCUUCCUCAACAUGAAGACAAAGACAAUGACCACAAGAAUCAACACCUUUCCUGAAGGUAGAGUGUAUGGCGUGGAAGAUAUCGUCAAUAGAGCUGUAUCGUACAUAGAAACUAUUCCCUAUGAUGAAUUCCUACACAGACAUGCUAUACUUCCGUAUACCAGACCGGCUCGCACAGAAUUCGAGCUUCUAGCAGAAAGCAGAGGAAGAAGAGUCAUGUCCGUUAACGCUAUCCAACAUUGUACCACGGUCAAAGACCUAUUUCAAAGAAAAGACGAAGUAGACGAGGCAGAGUCACUGAUAACGUUAGAAUUCGAGUCGCUACCUCCGGACACGUGUGCCAUCUGCUGUGAAACUAUUGAGGAGAGCUCAGCCACCGCUUUACAAACUUGUGGGCACUGGUUCUGCGACAGAUGCUGGGCUGAUCAUCUUGUCUCGGUAGCGAACAGUGGAUCGGGACGAAUCACAUGCCCAGAAUAUAAAUGCCAGUCCUCAGUUGAUUAUGACAUUUUGCUCACAACCUCAAACAUACAAAUUGUUCAAAAGGUUUUUCAAAGAAAAUUAGCUUUGGACGUCGAUAUCGAAGCAGACUCGAAAUGGUGUCCGAACAAACACUGUGAUCGUGUGAUAAGAUGUGAGAGGAACUCUCGGGGGAAACGCGCAAGUGUCACGUGCUCAUGUGGAACAAACCUUUGUUUUGACUGUUUGAAUCAGGCACACUGGCCGCUGGCUUGUGAUCACUUCGCAUCUUAUUCACGUACACUACGGAAGAAUGGAGACGACAUUGAGCCGACUGAAAACUAUAUCCGUUUUGCACAGGGAAAGGAGUGCCCAAAAUGCAAGCAAUUCGCGGAAAAGAAUGGUGGCUGCUUCUACAUGACCUGUGUAUGUGGAUGUAAGUUUUGCUGGGGCUGUGGCAAGGACUUUGCAAAAAAUCACAAAUACACAAAAAAAUGCAUGCCAAAGAGAAACCAGAAUGGAGAUUUAUACAAAACCGAAAAGAGAGAGCUGCGUGUUAUUGAAAACAUAACUGACAAAACUAAAGCGUAUCAAAUGGCCCAGGAGUAUCGAGAUCUUCGUUAUUCGGACAAUGCCAGGGUUAUGUUGUCUGCUGUACAUAAGAUGUCAACGUCACUGAAAAUGCUCCAUCGACGUCAUGGCAACCGCGUGGGCGGGGAAUUAGUUGACUUUACAAGUCAAAAACUGGCAGAUGACGUAACAGUUGCAGACAAGAUCAAACCGUUUCUAAACAGCAUGAUAGGCGUCUACAUGGAGAUAAGUCACCUAUGUGAGCUGACAACAGUCUUCCUUGACACGCCGGAAAAUCAUUUGAGUAAAGUGGCGAAACAAGCCAUGAUGGCAACGAGGGACCGACUGGGAGUGAUCGGUGGCGAAAUAUUACACGUGUUCAGGUCCUCUGAUAAGCUUAACAGGAAAGACAAUAUUUCAAAUCUUUGGAAGCUUCGAUUUCAAAGCAAAAAGGCAACAGAUAGUCUUGUCAAGCUUGUCAAAUGCUGAUGUUUUUCUAUACGAUAUUGUACCUGUAUAUGGACCCGCUAGAACACUAUAUGGGAGUUUUGCACAAUGUUGCAUGUGAACCUGCUAAAACACUUUAUUGGAUAUGCCCGUACCUCCCUAUUUGUGAGAGUGUUACACGGAUGUUAAUUGUACGCGCCCCUCCCCACCUCCCUAUUUGUGAGAGUGUUACAAGGAUGUUAAUUGUAUAUCCCCUCCCCACCUCCCUAUUUGUGAGUGUUACACGGAUGUUAAUUUAUAUCCCCUCCCGCCUCCCUAAUUGUGAGAGUGUUACACGGAUGUUAAUUUUAUGUGCCACUUCCCGCCUCACUAAUUGUGAUAGUACUAGUGUUACACGGAUGUUAAUUGUACGUGUCCCUCCCCGCCUCCCUAAUUGUGAGAGUGUUACACGUAUGUUAAUUUUAUGUGCCACUCCCCGCCUCCCUAAUUGUGAGAGUGUUACACGGAUGUUAAUUGUAUAUCCCCCCCACCUCACUAAUUGUGAGAGUGUUACACGGAUGUUAAUUGUAUAUCCUCUCCCCACCUCCCUAAUUGUGAGAGUGUAUAACGGAUGUUAAUUGUAUAUACCCC